AUGCUUCCUUACAUCCAAGUCUCUGAUCUGCCGUCGUCAGCUUCAUUCUACUCGGCCAUCACCCAGCCCCUGGGACUCCGAUACAUAAGUGCUAGCCCGACUGCCAUUGUGUUCGGGACCAGCUCCGAAGACAACGCUGCAACACCACCGCUUCCUGUGUUCGAAAUUCUCGGCAACAAACUUGUUUGUGCAGAGGCCGGUUCCAAUUCGCGGAUCGUCCUGUCAGCACCGUCAGUGGCAGUUGUGUCGGAUUUCCACGCUGCAGGAUUACGUGCCAACCCAGACCUACAGGUGAUCGGCGGGUCCAUCAUUACUGGAGACGCUACCAAGGGUGGCGAGACUCGUGCAAAAAUUACUGAUUUCGACGGCAAUAUUAUGGAGGUCGUCUACGCCCCUUCUGCCAGCUAUCCAUCACGCCACGGAGCACCAGCAGUCCGUCGCACUUCAGUUAGCACGGACGAAGUCGGCCGCAUCCUCGACUGGAACUUAGACGUGGCUACCUCGCAGGCUCCCUCAGCCGUCGCCGGCCCUGAAGCCCCUGGUGAAUCCCAGCCCACCGCACUGACUUCUCGACGCCCGGGUCCCGUUGCCGUCCACUCCGACUCGCCUGAGCCGUACGCGGUGUUGCGUCGAAGUGUUACCACGUCGACUAUUGAGGCGUCGCCCCGCGAGUCCUCCAGCGGCCUGACUGCUAGCGUCGUUCUUGGAUCUGUACUAGGCGCUGUUGCUGCUGGCGCUGCCGUUGGUGGUGCCCUCACUUACAUGAACAUGCGAAAUGAACGUGAGCGGGCUCAGCGCCAAGAGUUCGAGGCACCCGUUAUUCAGCGCCGGUCAACCUUCCCGGACCCCUAUCCUGAUCAUCGGCCUCGCUAUGUCGAGGUCGAGAGGACCGUCGAGAAGAUCCGGUAUCCCGAGGAGCUACCGCCGCCUGCUCCCAAGAGUCGCUACUACCCACCACCCGCUUACAUGGCUCGGUAUUCCCAAGUCGGCGGCCAAAGCAGAGAGGUCGAGGAGCUUGAUGACCGCUCAGGCCGCCAUUCCUCGCGCCAAAGCGCCGCCGGCAGGAGUCGCACCCGCAGCGAGGCGGGCUCGAGUCGUCAUCCUCUGAUGAUUGCCGAUGCCGAAUACAGGAGCCAUGCAGGCUCCAAACAUGGCGGCGCCCCCAAGAUGCUCACCGAGGCUGAGCAUCGCAGCCAGGCUGGAUCGAGGUAUUCCAAAUACUCGACCCCACGGUCUGUCCGUCAGCCCGAUGCUGCGACGUACGUCUCGGCCCGGACUGAGAGGUUGGAGAAUACAUCCAAGCCCGCACCCCAGUUGCUGCCUCUCAGGUCCAAAGCCCCUAGCACCUAUCAAUCGUCAGCCCCGGUUAAGGUGGCCCCGUCCAGGGCGCCUACUCAUCACACUAACGCCACUGUAAGAACGGCUGCCCCGUCUAGAGCGCCUACACAUCACACAGCAGCCACAAAGAUGACGGCUCCCAGUCGCCACGCAUCCGCCAGGAAGGUCCCCUUGCCACAAAGUCACGUUGGUAGUAGUCUCGUCGAUUAUGAGUUUGAAGAAGACAACGACAGUAUUGCCCCUAGCGACAGUAUCAGCUGUAUUGGCAGUCGCAGAAGUAGUAGAUCUCAUCACUAG